GUAACACUGGUUGGCUUGCUGCGAAAAAAUUCGGGAGAAUUUGUGUAAAAGGAAAAGUUUGUCAAAUUACAUCCAAAAGAAAAAAUAGCAGCGCAAGAAAGUUCAAUUAAGCAUCGAAUCAUUUAACGCCGGGUAAGCAGAAUUCGCGCACGCGGAUCCGACAUGGACUUCCGUCAAAUGAAGAACGACGCUUACGGAAUUGGCCAGCGGCGUGGAAUGGGGAACGCUCUUGGCGGCGGCUUGGGUGACUUUUCCUCGAGUUACAGCGGUGGUGGCGGCUAUAAUGGCGGCAACUACGGUGGCGGCGGCGGUGGAAACCAGGGAGGCUACGGCGGUAACAGAAAUGAGAGUCCGGACUCCGGUAACUACAACCGUGGUGGCGGUGGUGGUAACUUCGAUGGCGGCCCUCGCAGCAACAACAACUAUUCACGUUCCAUAGAUGAUCGCGGCUUUAAUGCCAACAUUAACAACAAUCAGCGUUUUGGAAACGUCAACGAUAACUUCCAGGACAAUUUCCGUGGCCAAUCGGACAAUUUUGGGCCCUCAAACCGCGGAGGAGGCGGUGGCUCUGGCGGCAUGCAGUCCAAUUUGCAGCCCAUGCUGGACUUAGAGGAUAUGAGGAGCCGCAAUACAGGUGGCAACUUCAAUUCCGACCUGUCCAACAAUUAUCGUGGUCAGCAGUCGCAGGGAAGCGGCGACAGAUUCUAUAAUGACUCUCCGCGUAACCAAGGCAAUUUUGGCGGCAACUCUGGUUCCAAUUACGGACCCAAUGAUGGGCCCCCGUUUGGUGGAAACAAUGACAAUUUCCGCAGCCCGCAGCAGUCUCAGAACUUUAAUGACCAACAGCGUUCUGGAUACAAUGAUUCGUAUGGACGUGGCGGCAAUUUUGGUGGACAGAACUCGGGGAACUUCGGAAACCAAGACUCUGGCAACUUCGGAGGAAACUUUGGUGGUCAGAACUUUAAUGAUAACUUCAACAACCGAGGCUCAAGAGGCGGAGGCGGCUUUAACAAUUCAGGUGGCGGAGGUGGCUUCAACAAUUCCGGCGGCGGGGGAGGCUUCAACAAUUCCGGCGGCGGAGGUGGCUUCAACAAUUCCGGAGGCGGCUUCAACAACUCGGGCAGCGAACGCGGACAAGGUGGCUACAACUCAAGCGGCUCUGGUUUUAGCAACAACAUUAGUCGCUCCUUUAACGAGGCCAACUCACGCAACUGGAGCAACCAGACCAAUCAGUCCUCCUCGUUCCAGAACUCCGGCUAUCAGUCGAACAACAGUGGUGGCGGCGGAGGACAAGCUAUUUCCGGCUGGGAGGCCAGCCAGCGCGCCUUCAACUCAAAGCGAAAUCAGCUGCAGAAGAUCAACGUGAACAAUGGCGGCGCCGUUCGUAAGCCGGGACCUCAGCAAGCUGCCAAGGCUGUGUACAACAUGCGCAAUAACCCGAAUGCCGCAGCCGCAGUCACCAACGCUGCGGGCCGCAACACCCAACCGAACAAAGCCGGUAACGUGCGUCCAGGAACUGCCGCCGGCGUCCAGAACAAGGCACCCAAUCAGUAUAAGCUCGUUAAUACAGCUACUAAAACGAACAGUGCUGGGGCUGUCCAGAAGAAGCCUCCAAUCGCCGGACAAGCUAUCAAAGCCAGCCCGGGAGCCGUAAAGGGUGGAACACAGCUUGUUAAGAAGGGUGCGUCGGUAGCUGGAACUGGACAUCAAGGGGGAAAACCUGGUCCCCAGGGAGUACGCGCUAGUCCCCAGGGAGUUCGCGCUGGACCCCAGGGUGUUCGAGCUGGUCCCCAAGGAGUACGUGCUGGUGCCCCAGGAGCGACUGGUCCCCAAGGCGUACGUCCUGGUCCCCCAGGAGUACGACCUGGCCCCCAAGGCAUACGUCCUGGUCCCCAAGGUGGACCCGUGCAGGGAAUUCCCCGUGGUCCCAAGGCAGGCAAUCCCGCUGCAGGCCCUAACAAGCCACCAAAUGCGCCAGGAAUACCUCCACAAGUCGGGCAAAAGCGCGUUGCUACCGCACCGCCGCUUGAAACGGAACCAGUUUCCAAGUCGGUGAAGAAAUGGCGACGCGUGGCCCGGAAGCGUGGCUUCCUUAUGGGCGGAUUCAAAUUGCCGUACCUCAACGACCACCCGAAGAAGCUCCCGCAGCCGGAGUCGGAAUCUUAUGCCUUGACCUUCUUCGAGCAGGUCUUCAAUUACAGUACAAACCAGGAGGCCGUAGACGAGGACUUCUCCGAGGAAGCCUUGCUGCUCAACGAUCUAUCGGACGAUGAGUCUACCGAGGAGGUCAAGGUGGCCCGCAAGGGCGGCAAGAAGAGCAGGAAGCGUAUACGAGGCGAGUGGGCACCUCUGCAUGAAUCAAAGAGUUACAAGGAGUGGAAUAACUGGUGGAAGGACUAUAAGCAGUUCGGCGAUAAGAUUGAAAAGAAGCUGGUGGAGAUUGGCAAUUACAAUUUGGAGCAUUGUUUCCUACCUAAUCUACCCAAGAUGACCACUGAGGAGGUGGUGUACGCCAUCAUCAAGUCGGCCCACUUUGUGCUCGAGAAGAAUGCCGAUGUGCCGUUUGACACCAUGAAGACAGUUUUUACCCUAAUGAACCGCACCUUUUUGGAGAACAUCACUGAGCUAAAUAUGCUGGAGGUGCAGGACAUUAUUCGCAAUAUACCCAACGAUCUCUGGGUAUAUAAGAUGAAGAGCAUGAUCUUCCUGUGGUCCAAGUACGAGACUAUCCACAGUUCCAAGUCCACCGACGAAGAGAUAGUCAAGGAUCAGCAGUCGACGAUCCGCGAGUGGAAGAGCCCCGCUUUCCACUGGCUGGCCAAGCAGGCAUUUGACGAGUUGGUGGCUAUUAGCGAAACCGAAUGGAAGGAGCACCGCACUAUUUUUCCGGCUCUAGAGUAACCGGGCUCGGAAAUCCCAAAUAGCACACUGUUACUCUUCGUUUCAGCAUUCAAUUCUACACACACAGACGAUUCCCAACAUCGAACACACUGCGUAGGUUCUCUUCAGGAUUUUUUAUGAUUCAUAAGAUUACUUAUCUAGAUUUUACACCGAACCUUAAUCUAAACACUAAUUGAUGCAUCAUUCUGACUAUAUAUUGUAGUCUGUAAUUAGAACACAUUGUUUUGAGCGAAAUAAAGGAGACAACCCAAAGGA